AUGUCAUUCUUCCGCCGCCUCCUAACGCUCAACCCACCAACAUACGCCAACACCGGCUCCACAGCCCGCGACCACCUCGCCAGCGAACGCACCUUCCUCGCCUGGAUCCGCACCGGCCUCGGCUUCGUCGCCCUCGGUAUCGCCGUCGAACGAUUCUCCCAACUCGACCUCGAAGCUCUCAUCGACCAUCUCCUCCCCGACCACGCCGCCAAGUCCUCGCGCCAAAGUCGUGCUGAAAUCGACAGGGAAACGCGUCAUCGACAGAACCGUGAGCAGCUACUUGUGGGGAUGUUGAUGGGGACUGGAGGUGGGAGUAUUGUGUAUGGUGUGAGUAGGUAUUUUGGUGUCAUGAGGAUGUUGGAGAGGGGGAUGUUUCGACCGAGUUAUUUUGGGGCGGCGGGACUGGCGAUUGCGGUUUCGACAAUGGCGGGGGGUGCGUAUUGGGGGACGUUGAGGAGGGAGAUACAGAGGAGGGAGGGUGAGAGGCCGGAGGAGAGGAAGGAGAGGAAGAUUGGGGAGGUUGCGGCGAGUAUUGCGAGGAAGAAGGGGUGA